AUGUAUCCAAUCUUGCUACUGCCAUCUCUUAAAAUUUUUGCUGUUUGGGAUUUACACGGUGGACUCUUGUUUGGGGCCUUUUUAAAUUCGCUUGGAUCGUUUGUACGUUUUUUGGGAUCAUUUGGACCUCGUGGAUUUUGGGUGUUGUUUUUAGGCCAGACUAUAGCAGCCUCAGGACAAGUAUUUAUAUUGGGUUUACCGCCAAAAUUGGCUAUAACAUGGUUUGAUCAUGGUGAACAAAAUUUGGCUGCUUCUAUUGGAAUUAUGGCAAAUAAUGCAGGAGUGGCUGCUGGGUAA